GUCGAGGGAUGGCAGUGUGAGAAGGGGAAGGCUGUGUGGAUCGCUCCGCGCUGAGAGUGCACACAGUGUGAGGGUGGGGAGGGUUGCAGAGUAUGUGAGUGCCUGCUGUGGACCACACUGUACAUGGAGCAGAGUGCUGGUGGGCCGGGACCCUCCGUGCGGCACCACGACUGACUGACCUUCACCCCUGGGCAUGUUCACCGCUGCCCCUGGGCGCCGCUUGAAGGAAGGACAUGGAGAAGUCGAGCAGUGAGGACUCGUCUCUGCACCGCAGCCCGUCCCUGGAGAGCAGGGGCACCGGCCCCCGGGCCGCCCCCGGCCCCCCGCUCACCGGGGGCUUCACCGCCGCCGCCUUCUACGGCGACUCCCGGUCAGGCCGGCGUGGGCCGGUGGAGCUGGGGCUGAGGGAUGAUCGCUACUCCGCCCCCCGGGGCAGCAAGUACGUGGUCUUUUACCUGGACGUCUCCUUUCUCUUCCUCCUAGAGUUCCACAGGUGCAGCAUGGCGGCCGGGUGUCUAUGUUGCCUCAAGUACCUGAUGUUCGUCUUCAACCUCGUCUUCUGGCUGUGCGGCUGUGGGCUGCUGGGUGUGGGCAUAUGGCUCUCGGCCACGCAGGGCAACUUUGCCACGUUGGCGCCCAGCCUGCCCUCGCUCUCCGCCGCCAACCUGGUCAUCGCCACGGGAACCAGCGUCAUGUUGGUCGUAUUCCUGGGGUGCCUCGGUGCCAUCCAGGAAAACAAGUGCCUUGUACUCAGUUUUUUCAUCAUCCUGCUGACCAUUUUUCUGAUGGAGCUGAUCCUGGUCAUCCUGUUCUUUGUCUACAAGACGGAGGUGGCAGACUAUGCCCGGGAGGACCUGAAGGCCGGGCUGGAGUUGUACGGCGCCGCGGGCAACAUCGGACUCACCAACGCCUGGAACAUCAUUCAGACCGAGUACACGUGCUGUGGGGUGGACAACUCGACGGACUGGAACCGCGUCAUGGGAGAUAACAUUGUUCCCGACUCCUGCUGCCAGGAGUACAGUCAGAAGUGUGGACAGCACGACCCCAGCAAGUGGUUCAGCAAGGGCUGCUACGACAAGAUCAAGGCCUUCAUCGAGCAGCAGACGGUGGUUCUGGGAUCGGUCGCCAUGACUGUCGUGGUGAUCCAGAUUCUGGGCAUGGCGUUCUCGAUGACUUUGUUUCACCAGAUCUCCAAAGGUGGUAAAAAGUACAAGGCCUAGUCUUGGUGUGGGAAUGGGUCACUGUCCCGCCGGCUCUUCCACCACCAGUCACCCACCGCCCCUCCACGCCCGACUCCUGCUGCAGCCUCUUCACCAGGGAGCAUUCCUUCUCUUUUGCCAAAGAAAAUUAAAGUACUAAACCCUGCCUGCUUCUGUGUGACUCGGUGACUGCAGCCCCUCUCCCACCACUGGUUCUUGACACAGUGGCCCUGACCUCAACAUCUCUCCACCCACGACCCCAGCUCAGAAGUGGCUUUCUGUCGGCGCAGCUCGGAACCUCGUCGGCAAACAUCUGCCACCGAUUCCCUUUCACUCCUCUCCUCUCCUCCUCCUCCUCCUCUCCUGCCGGGAGUGGAGUGGGCCGCACUGGAUCAGCGUCAGGCUCAAAGGUCUGUUUCGGACGUCGCCAGGGUCCCGUCCUGCAGUGACGAGAGGGUGCCUCUGCCCAGCUGAGCGCUGCACACUCCCAGAGCAGAAACCAAAUCGCCCUUUGUGCAAAUACAUUGAAAAGGGAAGCGGACAGGUUGGACGCCGGCAGGUAACGUGCCAGGUCACCGGUAACUUUGACCCUGGUGGCCGAGGGUGGCCCGUUAACCCGCUCCAGUCCGGGACAUCGGAAGAGCCCAGUGACACAGCCGCAGCCCGGAGGCCUGACCACAGCUGGUGGUCACUUUUUUGCAAUUAAAUGAACAACUUUUUUUAAAGAUAGAUUAGGAAAAUAUAUCCUUUGGGAGCAUUUUGUACUGUGCUAAUCUUUUUAUUUUACUGCUUCACUUUCCCAUGGCAAGCGCAAUGUGAUUUAUGUGGGAGCGUGGCUGGAUGUGGAGAGUGGUGAGGGUGAUGGGAGGACAAUGAUUAGUGUGAGUGUCUGUGCCGGCGGUCCCGGCUGCAACACGUGGAGCUGACAGAGACUUGUCGGACUUUCUGUCUCUUUACCAACUGGUCACUGGUUUGUAAUUAACAUGAAACAACUGGAGCCUCAGCAGUUCCAGGUCAGAAAGCAGUCAAUGCCCCUGACCUGGCAUCAGUCUCUCCUUGUAGUCACCUCACCAGCUUCAACUUACUCUGCCCCUCAACUGACCUCGUCUUCUGACCCUCGUCCUGUGUCCCGUGCCUCAGGGGGACACUGUCCGUCCCACCCCCACAGACAGCACAGCCAAGCGACGCAGCGAACGGCUACACGCAGUCAGAGAGUCAUACAGCAUGGAAGACGGGCCCGUUCGGCCCAACCCCUCCAUGCUGACCAUGAUGCAUAACCCAUCAACUCCCACUUGCUUGUAUCUGGCCGUGUCCCCUUAAACCUUUCCUAACCAUGUACCUGGAGCAUUGUUUAUCGAAGUGCCGUACCAGAGUUAGUGGGAAGACUUUCCCUCCAUUCCCAGCCAAGCUAUUCUGGCCCACCAACACCCCUGGCCUCUCCCCGACUAUGCCCACUAAUAUGCCAUCCACAGAAAGCAGGGCAAACCCAACCAGCUAAUCACCACCUGAUCCAUCUCUCGAUUAGUACAGUGUUACAUCUCACCAAAAGUGCUACCAACUGGUCACAACAUCCACCGUGGGUUUGACCAGCACCACUGAGCUCUACACCUCAACCCGACCUGGGUCCAAACACGCAACAAUGAGCCAGAGGUGCGGUGACACUGAAGCACAGGUUGACUCGGGUAAGGAACCCCGUAAAACUGAUGACAACGUCACCAGAUGUAGUCAGACCUCAGCUAGAGGAGAUGAGUAUAGGUGUUGUACAUCAUGUCCCAGCCCAGCACAGUGGUGCAGCGGUAGAGCAGUUGCCUCACACCGCCAGCGACCCAGGUUAGAUCCUGACUGUACAGAGUUUGCAAGUUCUCCCUGUAACCGGGUGGAUUUUCCCCAGGUGCUCCAGUUUCCUCCCACACUCCAAAGACGUGCAGGUUUGUUGGUUAAUUGGAUUAUCUAAAUUGUCCCUAGUGUGUAGGAUGGAACAAGUGUUCUGGGUGAUGUUAGUCGGUGCGGACUCGGUGGGGCGAAGGGCCUGUUUCAACACUGUAUCUCUAAACUAGAAACUGACUGUGUCUGCGCAUCCCUGCAGGGGUUACUCGGUGUGUAUCUGCAGUUGCCACAUCAUCACCUUCCUCCCACCAUGAGGUCAGUUAUCGGGAUAGUUGCAAUGACUGUAUAACAGUAGAAGCAGCAGCCUAUGGUCCUUGUUUAAGGUGACAACAUUCAGCACGGUCUGAUAAAUUACAUUCAUCAUUUGUGCCCUGACAUUGCCAGGCUAAGACUGGCACAGUAAAAGGGAGCUGGACAGUUAAUGCCUCGCCCAUGGCCCAUCCCCCACCCUCAACAUCCGCGAUCACCACUGAUCAACCACUGACUAGAAACAGUGACCGGUGUUUGCGAGUUACCAGUGUUGGUUAGUUACCCAUGGUUAUGUUAACCAGAGCCAGUGGUGGUUAGUUGCAUCUGGUUAUGUUAAACAGAGUCACUUCACAAUAUUGUCUCCAUCUCUCCAUUGUGACAGCAAAGUCUGUGACUGCAGGAAUUUCCCGGUGUACACCGCUUUCCUCAGGAGGGGUCACUGCUUCGGAAGGAGAGGGUCUGUGGGACGUGCCAAGCACUGGUUUGGGGGCAGUUUGGGACACUGUUGCCUGUCGCCGCUCCGUUAGGAAGGUGGUGAGGGUGAGGAUGUUAUAGUCACUUAGUAUGUCUGUAUGUUUACCUAGUAUGGCUGUAUGGUAACUCGAGUGUCACUUUACCUUAAGUGGUACAUGUGACAAUAAACUGAUCUUGAUCGCUGCUCUCUGCACGCCACUAGCCGGCUGGUCACUGCUGCAGUCUUUGACCAAGGAUCACUCCCUGCAGCCUCUGACCCCACUUCACUUUCACCAGGUGGCUUCUAGCAACAAUGGGCUUAUUGUUAGCAUGUUUUGAAUUCAUUCAUAAUCUAAAAAUGUACAAAUUUGCAACAAAAAAAAAUGCUGAAUUUAUUUAUAUAGCAUUUGGCUACAGUUUAAUAUUCUCGUUGGUUCUAAAUCGAGAGCUGAAGGGACUGAACUCCCACAAAUGCGUUUCUCUGCACUUUCCUUUCGGUUUUACAAUUUGGGGUCGGGCAAAGGUUUUUGAUGUUUGCAGGAUUUUAACUGCUGGUAAUAAAGAAUCUUCAGAUGA